CCCUCGAGUGACGUCACCUGACACCAACGUUAUGGCGGGUGCGUGUUGAGAGAAUGCGGGAGAAUCGUGUGUUUGUUUCGCGGGAAGACACGCUGGAGCUGUGCAGCACACACAGAUGACCUCAGACCGAGAGCCCGAGAUAGAGAAGUAGCCUCGAUAUGGAGUGUCACGGUGGCAGAGCUGCAGACCGAGCGCUGGUUCGCGCCGGAAACCCGCACGAGCUGUCGCGCGCCGCGAACGCGCCGAGUCAAGAUGGCGAACCGAGAUCAUCCGAGUGCGAGGAGGAAGAAGAGCCAGCGGCGGAAUGUCGGGACGCGCCGAGCGGUAAAGGCUCGGACACGAAGCGCGGGUCCUCUCAUACGGCUCACAGACCGGCCGAGGAGCCGCCGCGGCUCAAUUUUCACAUCCCGAGGAGGAACAAAGAAAAGAGAGCUCUGUUCCAGUACUUGUCCUCGGAGUCCAGAGAGUUUUCCGAAAUCCUCAACAUAAUCACCUCUAGCUACAAAGAUCCUGCCUCAAAAGCGAACUUUGUGUACUCCAAACCUCGCCUCAUCCACAACGAGCCUCUAGAGAAAGAAUUCAUUGAAAAGAGAAAGGAGCUGAAGCAGGAUGGACGCACUGACAAAGAACUGGCGGAGACUUUCUGUUUCCUGCUUACUGACAAGGUACUUCUGGUUAGUGAAAAAGGUUUAUCAGCCGGGAACAGCUGGAUGAACUUUUUGGGAUAUUCUACUAAAGGUGUUUACUUGUGCCAGUUCUCUGAUUUGCUACAAAGCAGUCCCAUUGAGCCUGGCUUUGUCGGAGAGAUAAUCAUCUUUAAAGUGAUAAAAGGUAAAGUAAAGAGCAUACAUGAGAACAUGGUAAGAGGUUUGGACCCUACGCCUAAAUUUGACAGCCAUUUCUCUAAGAAUGCCAAUAGAGUGACAUCCCUGACAUCUUACAAGGCAUUCGAGUAUACUCAGCAAUAUUUCUAUGAAUAUGUGGAUUUUGAGCCUGCGUCUAGACCAAGGCAUGCAUGUCCAUACGCUGUGGUGUCUUUUCAAUUCAAAUCCAAAGAAGCUAUAACAUCGGGGCCCAAAGCCUCGCCUCUGCAAAGGUCUAACAGCAUGCCAUCAGGAACAGAAAGAUGUGGCUACACUGUCUGGAAAGGACACUUUUUAAACAGAGGAAAGGAAGCGUAUCAAGCAAGCCUCCAUUCCGUUUCUCAGCCCUUUCUUCCUUUCAAGAUACCAGACAGGCUGGAGAUUGGUAAUGUCAUGAGAUUCGACCAUGUAAAACAGUUAAUUCCACCUACACUGUUCUCCUGGGAUAUUUACUCCGGCAGCCACGAAGUGUUCAAGAGUGGAAUGCACUGCAGUCUGUUUGAGGUCAUGGCGGAGAAAAACAAACCUGGGGAGGGCCUGACUGAGUUGUUUCAGGAACUUGAAAGAAAGGGGUUGGUGUUGGUUAACAUGGUGAACGACAAAAGUUUUCUCUUCCUUCUUUCUUCUGAACAACUGUCCAACUCAAAUGAACGCAGGUCAGGUUGGAAAACGUCUUGUCAAGCUCUGUUCAUCUAUCCCCAUGCCCGGGAUGUGUCGAAAUUCUCCCCUGAGCCCCGAACUCCACUCACGCCCUUGACCCAAGUGCCCCAGGACACUGUAAUGCCCCAGCUGAACAGCUUCCUCCCAGCAUACCACUACGCUCUCAGCAAAGUGCGCUGUAACCCCCCGCCUAACCUGAGUGCCGGAGUGGAGCAGCUGGUUCACGAGUACCUCAGCAGCCUUCAGGAAUCCAAACCCAUCCAGCGAGUCCGACUCGACUACGACGUCAAACUGGACGACAGGGAGAAAGUAUUUCCCGCUCCAAGGCAGAAAUUCAACUGGGAAGGCUACGUCCGUUCGUACUUUUUUAGCCCAGGUCUGUUCACUUUGCCUGUUCAAAAAGCCAAGAACAUUACAGAGAAAUUCAGGUGUGUUCCUGAGUAUAGUACGGAUCCCGAGACCGUAGACUCCUCAGAGGAUCAUGGCAAGCCAGAGGGAACGAAUAAAGGUUCAAAGCUGCUUCAUACAAAUAAGACAAAAGAAGCCAAGUUGAAUGAAGUGAGACUGGACACUCAUGGCUUAAAGAGGAAGUCGGAGGAAGAUGCACAGAAUGUAAGUGCAAAGUGUUCGAGGAUGGCCGCGCCCAGCAACGGAGAAGCCGAAGCUGAGAACUCAUGCACGUCUCUGACUGAUGUGCUGACCAGCAUUGGCCUUCAAGACACAGACCUCAGGAAGGACAAGAGUCAGGAGUCACAGAAGCUUGUGGAGUUACUGGACAAGCUCAACAAAACCACUCAGGAUACAGACUCAAGGAAGGACAACACUCGGGCAGCGUUGGCUAACAAGACAUCAAGAACACUACGCAGCUCGUCCAGGACUAGCACAGAUGGAAAGAGCAGUAAAGACCCUGAGAGAGCUCUACAGGACAGCAUGACCAGCCUGGGACUCCCCACUAACUGCGACACAGACCUCCGGAAUCGAUUUACGGAUGAGGAAGAUCAAGAAGCACGAGGGAACGGAAAACGUGAUCUUGAGGAAGAAACUGCUGGCAGCUUGAGUAGCCUGGAAGCUUUCAGUCCAUGCUCUGAUAGCAACACACAGCAGCGCACUGACAACCAGCCUGGAGAGAGAUCAAUCCCCUGGGUGCUUAUUCCCAUAACAGGUCUGAAGACCGAGAGAUACAGCCACAGAAGGGACAGAAAUAUCGAGGAUCCUCGUUUCAUUCAGAGCCCCACAGUGUCGACUCACACCGGUCCCGAGACGCAGGACGCCGCACCUCCUCAUCAGCCUGACAGCAGUAGUAACAUGGAGGCUGAGCCAGAGAUCAACUCAGUGGAGGAUCAGGACAUGGCUGUUUCUGAUGAUCCGAUAGUUCAACCAGAUAGUCAGGAGCAGAAAAUGGCAUCAAUCGGCUGGGUCGACUGCAUGCUUGAUGAGCAACUCUCUCUCUUCUCCUCCGAAGUCGAGGAUCUGCUGCGAGAAGAGCAUGUGUACUACAUUCCCUCUUCUAAUUCCCAAACGCUGCAGCAUCCACCCCAGACUCCCUUGGUACCUUUCUCCGAGUACAUUUCACAUUUCAUCACUCCGAUUCCCAUAAACAACUACGUUAACUCGUUCCGAGAUAGCGCAAGUGCUUUUUUAGAUAACUGGAGAAAUGGACAGGAUAGGGUGACGGUGGUUUCUUCUUCAGCUCCUGAAGUUCUCCCCGUCUCAUCUUCUCCGCUCAUUAAUGCACCUGCUCACUCUCCCAGCUCGGUCGCAGCAGGGCAACCUGCGUCUGCUUUUCAUCCUCGGAGCCAGAGAGAAGACCACCAGCAACCUGUGCACGAUGUACAGUCGAUGAACGGGUUAAAGCAGGCAGAGAGCAGCGUCGUCGUGAUGCUUGAAUCUCACCACGGCGAGACUUCAGACAUUAGCAGCCGGAUGACCUCGGACGCAAGAGAGAGCACGGUAAACAGCAAAGUUACAAACAACGACGUGACCACACCUAUAGAACCGGCUCCGGCCGCCAUCAGCAACAUUAUCAGUCAGCUGCAGCCUGAGGUGAUCACCAACCUCGCGCAGAUCAUAAGGGACGUACAGAAGAACAACCACUUCUACAUCCACUGUGUGGAUGAGAAGAGCGAUGUUUGCUGGGAAAUAAAGGAGUAUUACACGAAGCUUGGCCAGACGGAAUGUGAUCCUCAGACCUUUCUUGAGAAAAAAGACAGUCAAGACAAACUCCAAAUAGUCAUCCAGAAUGUAGACAUUGCUGCACACAUCCAUAGCAUUCCUGCAUUAGUGUCUCUUAAGAAGCUGCCAUCAGUAAAUUUUGCUGGAGUAGACAGUGUUGACGACAUCAAAAAUAACACCUACAACGAACUGUUUGUUUCUGGCGGCUUCAUCGUGUCUGACGAAUUCGUCCUCAAUCCUGACUUCAUCUCACAAGAGAGGCUUCAGGCUCUUCUUCACUAUCUUGAGGAGCUCAACACACCUGAAAGUCCAUGGAGAUGGCGGGUGCAUUGUAAAACUCACAAAAAGGUCAAAGAGCAAAGCAGAUGUACAGAUGAAGCCCUGAACAUUCUGAACCUCCUCAAGACCUACCACAAGAAACAAAUAGUUGAGUUUCUGUCCUAUCAUGAGUGCGAUGCUCCAUCACACCAAGCUCCUGACCUGGACUGUCUGGUGAAGCUUCAGGCUCAGAACAUCCGACAGCGUCAUAUAAUAUAUCUCACAGAGCGUCACUUUGAGAUGUUUCCACAGUAUUCUAACAGUGGCAUUGUUAUUGCAAGCAUUGAUGACAUCCUGUAUAGUAUGGCCAGUCUGAUCGGUGAUGCAGGUGACAAACCAGUGUCCUCUGAUGUACAUAUCUGUUCCACAUCCCCAAUAUUGAGGGAAGAGGACAUGGGACUAAGCUCUGAAGUUUCCACUGAAAGGUCAUCUGCCCAUGAUAAAAGACCCUCUGUCUGUACAGACCUACAUCCUGGUCCUAUAACUGACCCAGACCCUGACAUACCAGACCAGCCGAUAAGAGACAAAGUGACGAUAGAUACUUCACCAUCACCCACCACUGGAACACCAAGCGAAUUAGACUUUAAAGCUCUCAGAGAUGUAAUUUCCCAUUUCAGAAAUGCACGGAUGCAAGCAAGUUCCUGCACAGGCCAGUCAUCGCCAGGAUCUUUCAAUAUCACUAAUCAAAGCUUCUGCAGACAGAGCGAUGGACAUUCUCCUGUUCCUCAGGGACGUUUGGAUGACGACAGUCAUUCGAAUCUGGUCGUUUCUUUAUUUCAAGCUGCUAAAGGAGCUGCUGCUCUACAGGCUUUGAGUCAAAUGGCGGGAGUCGGACAAAGAGAACAAAUUCAUGCAGAAACUGUACGCGCCCCAGAACGCGUCAUGUCACAAGCUCAAGAUCGGGUCGGCUCUGAAACACGAGAUGAUGUGGCUGAGCCAGCUUCGGUCAUUAUGGGGCAUCCGAGUAAUACUCUUACUGACACUGAACCUACCUGGAAUCACACAACUGACACAGACAUCGCUGCUGAACCUUUAAUAAAUACGAAUAUCAGUGGUACAGAGAGGGACUUGAAUCAGGAAAUAAAGACAUCAGAACAGGGAGCUACAAAACACCUGAUGUCCCCUACAACCUCAUCCAGUGCAAGGGCUGGGGACAAUACUGUGACUAGCAGGAACCGCCGAAGUGGAAAACAUCCAGUGCCUGGACGUUCGCCUUAUGGAAUGAAUACUUUAGUGGCGAUGGACAGAAUGCUGCAGAGCGGUAGUUUGUGGCCUGCUGCUCAAGGUUCUCAGAACAGCACGAUUGGCCUCAGAUCCCCAAUAGUGAACAGCUCGGUGGCCAACACCUUCACACAUUCAGGCCUACAAAGCCUUAUACCUAGCAGCAACAUGGCCUGGAACAGUUUGGCACAAGGGACAGUUCCAAACAUGUGGGGACAGCCAGGUCUAGGUCAAGUUCACCGGACUCAGUUCAUCCAGAGCUACGCCUGGAAUGGGAAACCUGCAUUUCAAGGCGGCGGACAUCCUCCCCAUAGAGGGGGUUAUGGCGGCUGGUGACCCAGUGCUAUUUACAUAGCUAUAUUUUGAAACUUUUUUUUUUUUUUUUUACAUUCCCUGACUGAAAAAAAGUGAAAUCUUCACUAGUGGAUGUUCAAGUAAUUUUGUAUAGACUCCUAUAUUUGUAUUUAAAUAUUUUGUUAAAUUGUCUGGUUUAUGUUUCUUUUUGGAAAACACUACAGGCAAUUACAGCCCUGCUUUUAAUGUUAUCCUUUUUAAACUGAAGAAACAAGUGCAUUAAAACAGUUGUAGCAGCUGA